AUGAGUAACACAACACAAUUGAUAAAGAAUAAAGCUUACAAGUAUAAGUCCCUGAUAUUACUAACAACAAAUUUCAGAUCUUUGCAUGAAAAAGAAGAAACAAAACAUCAAGUUGAAAUAUUGAUUGGAACUCCUGAACAUGACAAAAUUGUUGCUAUUGUCUUUGUUGUUUUGGAGGAAAAGAUGAAGGAAGACUCAAAUUCUGAAUCAAGCCUCCUUCGACGCUACAUCCAACACCUCCGCAAACCACCACACCACGAUCCCACUUUUCGACGACACCACCGCAUACACCUCCAGAUCCACAGUCGGGCUGCCACCGCCGAGAUCCCGUGCUCACCUUCAACACACACAUACAUCACCGACAGAUUCGAAUCCCUCUAUCGACCAUAUCCUUGUUUCCGCAACCUCCAUCUUCGACAGCAACCCAAUCCGCUUCGCCGUACACCAUGCGCCAUUGGAGCCGAAUCUGAACAUGUGAGGUAA